AUGGGACUGUGUAGUCAAUGUCAAUCAUUCUCGCAUCCCUCGUUUUAUGAGAAUGCCCUCAAGCCGGGAGGCAAGCUUGAGUCUAUCGUAUUAGCCCAAACCGGCGAGGAUUUGGCUGCCGCAGCCGCGACAUGCACGUUAUGCGCACUUUUUUACGAAGGUCUCCUGCAUGAUUCUCAGAGGUAUGGUCCGGGCUCCAACGGUCCCUUGAGAGCAAAUCACAUAUUACUGAAGCCGAAAAUCGACCCUUUUGGUCUAUCUUUUCCCGAGACAGCUGCAGAAGGCAUCGCGUUGUUUGGGUUCACUUUGACAACUACCGAGACAGCCAGCGGAGCAGCGCUAAGAUGUAUAGUGCGAUUGCAUGCAGAAGGUUCACGUAGGUGGAUUCUUACUUCAGUAUAG